UGUGAACCUCCUCUCUUUCAACGCUACCCAUUGUGUUCAAAUUCAUAAGCAAGAAAGCUAAGAGCCGUCCCCCGUCCCGCCCAUUCUCUUUAAGAAAAUAUGAAAGUUGGUGCUUUGAAACAGAAUUACACUGCACUCAAAACUUUGAGUGAUAACUGCAUUCACAUCCAACCGGAUCUGCAGUUGCUUUCCAAAAAGUUCUUUCUUCUCAGCGGUGCGAAUUAACCCACCUGGCACUCGCUCUUCUAAAAGAAGCCUGUUCCUAUGAAUGAAACUGCUUUCCUGGGGCUCAUGCGGAAGCUGCCCUCCCCGAGGGCUUGGGCAAAGCAGGCAAAGGAAGUCACCGGGGAGGGAGCGCCACGGCCGGCUGCCGGUGGAGGCUGCCCUUGGCUGGAGCUGCAGGUGCUCCGGCACUCGCUGUCCUGCCCAAGAUGCAGUCUCUGGAUGCCGAUGAACUCAUGGUGGAUGAAGAGGAUGAUAUUUUCGGUGAAGGCUGCCCUCCACUCUGGACUGAAGUCACCUGCCACAACCAUGGACUGCCAACCAAACUCCCAGACAUCAUGUUGGUAGGGUCCCAGUCCUUUUCACCAGGAGGGCCCAAUGGGAUCAUCAGAAGCCAGUCCUUCGCAGGUUUCAGCGGCCUUCAGGAAAGACGGUCCAGGUGUAACUCCUUCAUCGAAAAUUCUUCUGCUCUGAAGAAGCCACAGGCCAAACUGAAGAAAAUGCACAACCUGGGGCACAAAAACAACAGCCCUCCCAAAGAGCCUCAGCCUAAAAGGGUGGAGGAGGUUUACAGGGCUUUGAAAAGUGGACUUGAUGAGUAUCUGGAGGUUCACCAAACAGAGCUGGACAAGCUGACAGCACAGUUAAAAGAUAUGAAAAGGAACUCGCGCCUGGGUGUGUUGUAUGACCUGGACAAGCAAAUUAAAACGAUUGAAAGAUACAUGAGACGCCUGGAGUUCCACAUUAGCAAGGUGGAUGAACUCUAUGAAGCUUACUGUAUCCAGCGACGCCUCCAAGAUGGUGCCAGUAAAAUGAAGCAAGCCUUUGCCAGUUCCCCAGCCAGCAAAGCUGCCCGAGAGAGCCUUUCUGAGAUCAACCGCAGCUUCAAAGAAUACACAGAGAAUAUGUGCACCAUAGAAGCGGAGCUGGAAAACCUGCUGGGAGAAUUCUCCAUCAAAAUGAAAGGCCUGGCCGGCUUUGCUCGUCUCUGUCCCGGAGAUCAGUAUGAGAUUUUCAUGAAGUACGGCCGGCAGAGAUGGAAGCUGAAAGGCAAGAUAGAAGUCAAUGGCAAGCAGAGCUGGGAUGGAGAAGAAAUGGUUUUCGUGCCCCUGAUAGUAGGGUUCAUUUCCAUUAAGGUCACGGAGCUCAAAGGGCUCGCCACACACAUCCUGGUGGGCAGUGUGACCUGUGAGACUAAGGAGCUGUUUGCAGCCCGGCCUCAGGUGGUGGCUGUGGACAUCAAUGACCUCGGCACGAUCAAGCUGAACCUGGAGAUCACCUGGUAUCCCUUUGACGUGGAGGACACAACGUCAUCGUCGGGUGCUGCCAACAAGACAGCGGCCCUGCACAGGAGGAUGUCCAUGUACAGCCAGGGCACCCCAGAAACGCCCACUUUCAAGGAGCACUCAUUCUUUAGGUGGCUGCUCCCUUCACCAGACAAGCCCCGCCGGCUGUCUGUCCUGAGUGCCUUGCAGGACACUUUCCUUGCCAAGCUGCACCGCAGCCGCUCCUUCAGUGACCUACCCUCCCUCAGGCUCAGACCCAAGGCCGUGCUAGAGUUUUAUUCAAAUCUUCCUGACGACAUCUUUGAAAACGGCAAGGCAACCGAAGAGAAAAUGCCACUGUCUCUCAGCUUCAGCGACCUCCCCAAUGGGGACUGCACCCUCCCCUCCGGGCCGGCAGGCUCUCCCGCCAGCUCCUGUCUGCCAAACCCUGAAAUCACCAUCACCCCUGCAGAGCUCCCCCCCAGCGAGGUCCCAGAUGACAACAGCUCAGCUUCUCCCAGGAACUCUGUGGGAGAAGGCUCUGAGCCCAAGCCUUUGCUGGGGGGAGAUGCAGAGGUGCCCCAGCCACCUGAGGCUGGUGGGCAGGUGGUAGGAGCGGGAGCGGCGCCCGAGCACCUGUUCCUGGAGGACGCGGUGGCCCAGGCAUUGCUGCGAGAGUCGGAGGAAGCCUCGGAGCUCAAGCCUGUGGAACUGGAUGCAUUUGAAGGGAACAUCACCAAGCAGCUGGUCAGGAGGCUCACCUCGGCAGAAGUGCCCCUGGCCGCCGAGAGGCCAUCUUUGGAAGGCUCUGUUGGUGGAGACUCGGAAGGUCUGAGGUCCUUUCUAGAUGGCAGCCUGGAGGACGCCUUCAAUGGGCUUUUCCUGGCAUUAGAACCGCACAAAGAGCAGUAUAAAGAGUUUCAGGAUCUGAACCAAGAAGUCAUGCAUUUGGAUGAUAUUCUCAAAUGCAAGCCCGCAGGAAGCCACAGCAGGUCUUCCAGUUUCAGCCUCACAGUGGAAAGUGCUUUGGAGAGCUUUGAUUUCCUGAACACCUCUGAUUUUGAUGAGGAGGAUGGUGAUGAAGUGUGUAACGUUGGAGGAGGUGCAGACUCAGUGUUUUCUGAUACUGAGACUGAGAAAAACGGUUACAGGUCGGUUCAUCCAGAAGCCCGUGGACAUCUUAGCGAGGCCCUGACAGAAGACACCGGAGUUGGGACGAGUGUGGCAGGAAGCCCUCUGCCGCUGACCACUGGAAAUGAAAGCCUGGACAUCACCAUCGUUAGGCACCUGCAGUACUGCACCCAGCUUGUUCAGCAAAUUGUUUUCUCGAGCAAAAUCCCAUUUGUGGCAAGAAAUCUCUUAGAGAAGCUUUCAAGGCAGAUCCAAGUGAUGGAGAAGCUGGCAGCUGUCAGUGAUGAGAACAUAGGAAACAUCAGUUCUGUCAUCGAAGCCAUUCCGGAAUUUCACAAAAAGCUGUCUCUGCUGUCGUUCUGGACCAAAUGCUGCGGCCCCACCGGUGUGUACCACAGCUCGGCCGACAGGGUUGUGAAACAGCUGGAGGCCAGCUUCGCCAGGACUGUCAACAGAGAAUGCCCGGGACUGGCAGACCCAGUGUUCCGAACCCUGGUGUCGCAGAUCCUGGACAGGGCUGAGCCUCUGGUCUCGUCCAGCCUGUCCUCAGAAGUGGUCACCGUCUUCCAGUUUCACAGCUACUUCUCCAGCCAUGGAGUGAGUGACCUUGAGAGUUACCUCAGCCAGCUGGCCAGGCAAGUCUCCGUCGUCCAGGCUCUGCAGUCCCUCAGAGGCGAGAAGCUUCUGCAGACGGUGACGGACCCAGCUCCAGGCCACCUCCCUGCCCCGCAGGAAGUCCUAGGGACCCUGGCCCUGCUGCUAACUGGAGGCGACAGUGAAGUGAGCGAGGCUGUGACGCUUUACUUGGCAGCAGCUUCCAAAAAUGAGAAUUUCAGGGAAAAGGCCCUGCUCUAUUACUGUGAGGCACUGACGAAGACUAACCUGCAGCUGCAGAAGGCGGCCUGCCUUGCCCUGAAAAGCCUCCAGGCUACAGAAAGCAUUAAAAUGCUGGUGACGCUGUGUCAGUCGGACACUGAAGAGAUCAGAAGCGUGGCCUCAGAAACCCUCUUGUCCCUUGGAGAAGCUGGGCGCCUGGCCUAUGAGCAGCUGGACAAAUUUCCUCGAGAUUGUGUGAGAGUCGGCAGUCGUCACGGGGCUGAAGUUGCCACGGCCUUUUGAUCACAAGCUAACUCUGCCUGACAGCUGUCCCGGAGAAGGUGCUGCGAUCCUGCUGCAAAGGGUGCUGCAAGUGAAGAUGCGUACCCAGGUUGUCAGAAAAUUGAGCAUGUCCCCAUGAUUUCAGAGCUCUGUUCACAGGACUGGUCUAUUGUUCCUUGCGCUGACAGAAUAGGGCUAUGUCUAAUCCAACUAAUGACAUCAGUGGUGUGUCUAACAAGACUCAGUGACAGAGUCUAUCUUAUCUUAAUCUGUAUGAAACUUUCAAACAGCCAUCUUUGUACUUUUUUGGAAAUUCAAUAGGCUUGAAACUGUCAUGUGGUAUUUUCAUAUAAAUAGCCAAUGCCUUGCAGGUUUUUUUUUUUCUGUCGUGUUCUCAGGGUUGAAUGGCCCCUCUAUCUGGUUUUUACUUUAAAUAUGAAGCACACACACAC